AUGAGUCGCCAUCAGUCCGAUGAUCAUCAGACGCAGAGAGUGCUACGUUAUCUAAAAGGAACUGAAAAUUUAUGUUUAGUAUACCCGGUUAAGAAAAUGUGUGAUACAGUUGGUGGGCGUUGCCAUGCUGAUUUCGCCAGUGAUACUGAGCUGAGGAAAUCAACAACUGGGUACAUUUCUCAACUUUUUGGAUCGACAAUUGCCUGGUCUAGUUGCAAACAAUUAACAGUUGCCAUGUCAAGUACAAGAGCAUAUAACGUUGGCCAGCACAGUAAGUGA